UUCUUUCCUCCUUUUGUGCAACACCCCUUCCCUCCUACAGACCACCCAAAGCCCUAUAAAUAAUCCAAGGACUGUAUUUUUCCUCCAGAUUUCUCUUCAGACCUCAAAGGAAAAACUAUCAGGCAGAGGAAGGGAGAGAGGGAGAAGGGAAAGUGAGGAGGGGAGAGAGAGAAAGAGGAAAGAUGGCUAGUGAGUUCAAGAAGAAAAUGUUCUGGAGGGCAGUGGUGGCUGAGUUCCUUGCCAUGAGCCUCUUUAUUUUUAUCAGCAUUGGCUCGGCUCUGGGCUUCAGCUUCCCCGUGGUGGGCAACAAAACAUCCACGAGGUCCCAGGACAACGUGAAGGUCUCGCUGGCUUUUGGGUUAUCCAUCGCUACCAUGGCCCAGAGCGUGGGCCACAUCAGCGGGGCCCACCUGAACCCGGCUGUGACCCUGGGGCUGCUGCUCAGCUGCCAGAUCAGCAUCUUCAAGGCGCUCAUGUACAUCCUUGCCCAGUGCCUGGGGGCAGUGGUGGCCACUGCAAUUCUGUCAGGAGUCACCUCCUCUCUCCCAAACAACCUCCUGGGGCUCAAUGCGGUGAGUAGAAACUUUUAA